CACACACACACAACAUAUCAUGCAGGAAGCAGUAUUGACAUGCUUUAACGGAAGAUCAAUAUCCCAUUCAAUUUGUGUGUUUCCUAUUCCGUGUGCGAACACACACACCCACACCCAUCCGCCCUUAUGCACGCACUCGGCAGGUAGCAUUCUUACACUCAGGAGACUACUUAUAAUGGCGGGAGGUAUAAAUUUCAGAGUAAUCAUGUCGCCGUUAUCGGCUGCGGGCAUUUGCUAUCGUCGGGAAGGUUCCGUAAGAAACAUCAUGGAUCACAUCUGCAGACGACAUCAUGGUACAAACAGUCGGAGAGACGCGGGAACAGAUUCCAGUUCAUUGCGUACUUUUCCAAAGGUUCAGCUACAUAUUCAUCUCGACGGAGCAGUCAGACACGACACACUAUGGCGGGCUGCAAGAAAGAAAGGACUCUGCGGUCCGGCGAAUACAUUCCAUGAGUUUGUUGAUUUGGUUCGAUGUUCCAAAGGUGACCUAGUCAGCUUCCUCUCAUCAUUUGAUACAAUCCUUCCAAUAAUUGCCGGGGACCGAGAACUCAUCAGCCAAAUCGCUUAUGAACUCUGCGAGGACCAAGCCAACGAGGGCGUGGUGUAUUUCGAGGCACGGUACUGCCCCCACUACAUGUCUUCCUCGUUUUCAACACCAAGUAGCAGAAAGAAUUCGGUCGUCAAGGAUGACUACCUGACACCACGUGACGUAGUUAUGGCAGUGAAUGAUGGGAUGCGAAGAGGAUGCAGGCAAUUCAAUGUCAAAGGUCGCACUUUACUCUGCCUGAUUAGACCAUGUCCAGAGUUUUCCCAUGAAAUGGUUGAACUGAGUCACGAAUUCCUCAACGAUACCGUGGUCGGUAUCGAUAUGGCCGGAGACGAGGACGCUCCCUGUACGAAAGAACAUAUAGAUGCCUUCAAGCUAGCUGCUGAUUUAGGAUUACAUCGGACAGUUCAUGCCGGUGAACUUGGGCCAGCAGAAAAUGUGAGAUUUGCGGUCGAGGAGCUGGGAGCGGAACGGAUUGGGCAUGGCUAUCAAAUCUAUCAGGAUCUCGAUGUAUACAAAAUGAUACGGGAUCGCUUUGUACACCUUGAAUUAUGCCCAACCUCGAGUAUAUAUACAGGUGCCUGCAAAGGAAGGCUAUCGGAUCAUAUUGCUAAAAGAUUUGAAAAAGAUGGAUUCAAUAUAGGUAUCAACACAGAUGAUCCUACUUUACUUUCAAAUACGAUGGAGUCCGAGUUUGAACUCGCCAAAAGAUAUUUUGAUUUCAACGAUGGCCAACUGAAAAACAUGACAAUGAAUGCAGCUCGAGCAUCCUUUUUACCAGAGAGCGAAAAGACACAUCUCAUACAAGAACUCCAGACCAAGUUUGAUGCAUUAUGAUGUUGCGAUUUAGGCAUAGUUUAUUCUGUUUAAAAUGCAAGUAAUAAGUAUAGUUUUAAAACACAGAAAUUUAGUAUUAACGACAUUCUGACCGAUUUUGUAAAGAAAACUAUUAAUAUUUCAUCGAGAAAACAAUUAAUAUUUCAGCGAGGAAUUGGUAUAAAAAUAGUACAUGAUUUCUUAUCGAAUAAGAGCGAGUUUACUAUACAUGUAUACUGCCGAUAUACGCUCCCGAAAUUCCUAAUAUAACUAUUUUAAUCAUUUUGACGAGUUCUUAUUAUUGAGUUCAGUUUGAUAAAUGAAGAAUAGUUUUGCCUGUAAGAUCUGAUGCGCAGCUUAUGUAGGUUCGGUAUAGUUAUUUAAAGCAGGGUUCCGUUAGAGUAACAAAUGCAAAAAUUUCUAUAAAAAUUUUGAAAUCAGCCAAUCAUAUUAAAGAAUUUCAGUAGCUUUUAACUGUAUUUGCAAAUUUGAUAUUAUAACAUGUUUUGUGAAACGCUCCUCAGGUGUGUGUUUCAUAAAGCUAGUCGUAAAGUUACGCACGGGGUUCGAUCAUUAGUCGUGCGUAAAGUCAUUCGUAACUUACUAACAGCUUAAUGAAACAUAUAGAUAGAUUAACAACGCUUCUCUGCGUUGGAGAUCGAGGAACAUAACACUGUUCCUCAAGACAGCGGCCUCCAACUUAGCAAUAUCUGGCUUACCGUUCUGGACAAAGGGGCUAAUUUGCCUAAUUAGCCUACCGGGAGUUUCUACACACACGUGUGAGCACUGCGGCGCACGGGCGGAAGUGGUGGCUUUUGUCAUUCAUGCUAAUCUUAGCGGGAAUGAUAGAUGACGGCAUUUCCGGUCGUAGCUGGUUUUGCGCGCCCAAUUUGUGUGUUGUCACCCACGUCCGCAUAUGUGGAUGUCAUGUGACUUUUCUAGCCAAUCAGACACAUGUACCCUGCGAGAUACCGUGCAGACGGCACUUCGACAGAGUAUAUAAGACCUGCUUUUACAAACUUUGCUCAUUCUCCUGAGGACGACAAGAACACACUUGUCGAAACGUCGAGAUUGGGUGGUCCUUUUCAGGACCAACAUUUGCCCAAGAAAGAUACAUGGUGUACCGUGAAAUCCACUAUACUCUAUUUAUGAUGAGAAAGAUGUACGGGUAUUGAUGAACAGAUGUAUUAAAUAAUCUAAUUCGGUAUCAGUGACAAAGUGAGAUAAGAUUAAUACUGGCAAUCGAUUGUAAUUUUCUGUAUAUGGUUUGCAACAGGAUUACAGUUUAAUACGAUUGAUUGUACAAACCAAUGUGUCUUUUUGUCACAGUGCCCCCUCGGAUAGUUUCUCAUAAAGCUGUUCGUGAAAUUUAUGUCAAUUAUGGAAUGCCAUCGAUGUCAUAAUUCUUCACAACGGGCGUAUACACUGCCACUCAAACAUGAAAAUUGUCCUUUUGAAUUGUCAAUACAAAACGGUGAUGCAUUACAUAUUUAGAUAACACUUUGAAUACAAUUGAAUACCACGGCACAUCUUUACGAUUGAUUUACGACACGAAUUAAGAGUAGAAUCUUUAUAGAAACAAUAAUAUACGAAUUUGUAUAGCGCAGAAACUAUUUGCAUAAUUUUUUCUGAGCUGUAAUUAAGAGCUCCCGAAAUGCUUGAAAAACACAUUUAGGAAAGGGAAAGAAAAACAAAUGAUCUGAACAUUAAAACAUGGAAUAAUCUACUGCCCAAUAUUCUCAAUUGACGUAUGAAUGUUUGAAAAAAUACAUA